CCUACGGAAAUCCAGGAGGUUGUCCGACAUGAGCUCAGUAUGGCGGAGUUGCUGGUUGUGUGCUUGUCACAGCACCUACGGGUCCUAAAACCCUGCACUGUGGAUGCUCUUGGAGACGGGGACUAAGCCAGCAGUUACGCGCAAGGCUCCUCAGUCCAGGUACUUCUCCCAGCCUGACUGUUCGGUUGAAAGAAUCCUGCCACAAUAAACCGUUGAAGUGUUUCUGCCUGUGGCUCAGUGUGAUGAAGCCCUGAGAUGCACCUCCCCUCUGGCCUUCCUUAGCCUGGCGCUUCCACCUGGCCGCACCAUCGUGACCAGAGAGCACAUGGUGGUCACUACUGACACCCUCACCACUGACCUCUCCUCCCCUGUCAAGUCUGCCUGGCACCAACAACCACAACAAUGAACUCUCACUGUCAACCAGUGGACGUGAGCACAGCAGCACUGCCCACGCAGGUGCCCCCCACCACCACAGCCAUCCUUCCCAUGGACCUGAGCGUAGUGGACCAUUCUCACCACCACCACCACCACCAGCAGCAGCUUCCCUUUGGCCUGAUUCCCCAACCUCACCCAACACCACCUGCCUCUAUCGAACCAGGCUGUGGCCCAAACAUUGGCCACCAGGAGCAGCAACUGCAGCAGGAACUGGUGGCGCUCAAACACAAGCAGCAGCUCCAGAGGCAGCUGCUGAUCGCAGAGUUCCAGAGGCAGCAUGAACAGCUGUCACGACAACAUGAAGUCCAGCUGCAGGAACAUAUCAAGCAGCAAAAGGAGUUACUAGCACUCAAACACCAACAGGAACUACUGGAGCAUCAGAGGAAGAUGGAGCAGCAACGUCAUGAGCAGCACCUGGAGAAGCAGCAGCGGGAACACAAACUCCAACAGCUUAAAAACAAGGAGAGGGGACAAGAGAGUGCUGUUGCCAGUACAGAGGUAAAGAUGCGACUUCAGGAGUUUGUGCUGAACAAGAAGAAAGCCUUGGCUCAGCGAAAUCUAAACCACUGUCUGCCCAGUGACCCACGCUACUGGUAUGGAAAAACCCAGCAUAGCUCUUUGGAUCAGAGCUCUCCUCCCCAAACAGCACUGUCUGCAUACAACCACCAAAUGCUGGGCACAUACGACUCUAAAGAUGACUUCCCUCUGCGCAAAACAGCCUCCGAGCCCAACUUGAAGUUUCGGUCCAGGCUAAAGCAGAAGGUGACAGAGCGCCGCAGCAGCCCUCUGCUGCGCAGGAAAGAUGGUCCCAUCAGUACUGCCAAGAAGCGUUCCCUAGAUGUGACUGAUUCUGCGUGCAACAGUGCACCGGGCUCAUGUCCGAGCUCCCCCAACAACAGCUCUAGUAACAUCCCCAAAGAAAAUGGGGUAACCAACUCCAGCAGCCCAGGAGAGGCCUCCCUGCUUCACAGGUUGGCUGCAAGGGAAUGUUCACUUAGCCAGCUCUCUCUUUACACCUCCCCUUCUCUGCCCAACAUCACCCUGGGACUGCCAGCCACAGGCCCUGCUAACACUGUGGUAUCAGGACACCAAGAUGGUGAGAGUCAUCUGCCUGCGUUACAGCAGGGCAUUCCUCUGACCCCUCCUUUCCUGCCAACUGCCCACCUGCCCUCCUACUUGGCAUCGUCAGCGCUUGACAGGGAAGGUGCUGGAGGGGGCACAGCUGGUCACAACUCGCUUCUCCAACACAUGGUACUGCUGGAGCAGAGCCAUAACCCAAUGGUUGGUCUGGGUGGCCUCCCAAUAUCAUCACCCCCUGUCUCCAAGCUUGCACGGGGCCACCGUCCCCUGGGGAGAACACAGUCGGCCCCACUGCCCCAGCAGCAGUGUGGACAGGCCCAGGCCCUGCAGCAGCUGGUGGUCCAGCAGCAGCACCAGCAGUUCCUGGAGAAACACAAACAACUGUUCCAACAGCAGCAGCAGCAGCAGCAGCACAGAGGAAACAAGAUAAUGUCCAAGCCCAGUGAUCAGGUCUCAGCUGCAGGCUCCAGCACCUCAGGGCCAGCCAGGCAGCACCAGAGUCACCCAGAGGAGACAGAAGAGGAGCUCAGGGAACACCAGGGGCUGUCCUCCUCAUCCUCAUCCUCCUCUACCUCUGCGCAGGAGACAGGGGCGCUACGGGGGCUGGUCAUCAAGCAGGAGCCCCCAGAUGCCCAGGAGCAGGAAGACAGUGAGCAGAGAGAGAGACAAGCUGAGCAGGACUUCCUGUUCAGACAGCAGGCUCUGCUGUUAGAGCAGCAACGGAUCCACCAGUUGAGGAACUACCAAGCCUCCAUGGAAGCAGCUGGGCUAUCGGUCAGCUUUGCUGGACACCGCCCCCUCUCCAGGGCUCAGUCGUCUCCAGCCUCCGCUUCCUUCCCCAUGGUGGCUCAGGAGCCACCUGCCAAACCUCGGUUUACUACAGGUCUGGUAUAUGACUCAUUGAUGCAGAAGCACCAGUGUAUGUGUGGUAACAGCACCAGUCAUCCAGAGCAUGCUGGCCGCAUCCAGAGUAUCUGGUCACGACUACAGGAAACAGGCCUCAGGUCGCACUGUGAGUGUAUCCGUGGGAGGAAGGCCUCACUAGAGGAGUUACAAACAGUCCACUCUGAAGCCCACGUCUUAUUGUACGGAACUAACCCUCUCCGGCAGAAACUAGACUGUUCAGUGAGUCCCAUGUUUGUGAGGUUACCAUGUGGAGGCAUAGGGGUGGACAGUGACACCAUUUGGAAUGAGGUGCAUUCAUCCAGUGCAGCUCGUCUGGCUGUUGGCUCUGUGGUGGAGCUGGUCUUCAAAGUAGCAUCAGGAGAACUGAAGAACGGUUUUGCUAUAGUUCGACCACCUGGACACCACGCUGAGGAGAGCACGCCUAUGGGUUUUUGUUAUUUCAACUCAGUCGCCAUAGCAGCCAAGCUCCUGCAGCAGAGGCUCAAUGUCAGUAAAAUCCUCAUCGUAGACUGGGAUGUUCACCACGGUAAUGGUACCCAGCAGGCCUUUUACACCGACCCCAGCGUUCUCUACCUGUCACUGCAUCGCUACGAUGAUGGAAACUUCUUCCCAGGCAGUGGGGCACCUGAUGAGGUGGGCAGUGGAGCAGGUGUAGGAUUCACAGUCAACAUGGCCUUUACUGGAGGACUGGAACCUCCCAUGGGCGAUGCAGAAUACCUGGCUGCAUUCAGGACGGUGGUUAUGCCUAUUGCCAAUGAGUUUGCCCCAGACGUGGUUCUGGUAUCUUCAGGCUUUGAUGCAGUAGAUGGACAUGCUCCGCCCCUGGGAGGAUACAAACUGACAGCCAAAUGCUUUGGCUACCUGACCAGGCAGCUGAUGGCUCUGGCAGGCGGCCGGUUGGUGCUUGCCCUGGAGGGGGGUCACGACCUCACAGCCAUAUGUGAUGCCUCCGAAGCCUGCGUGUCUGCUUUGCUUGGCGGUGAGUUGGACCCCAUUCCUGACGAGGUGCUACAGCAGAGACCAAAUGCCAAUGCUGUCCACUCUAUCGAGAAAGUUAUUGAAGCUCACAGUAAAUACUGGCACUCCCUGCAGCGCUCUGCCUCCACCCUUGGUUGCUCCUUGAGUGAAGCCCUCCGUCGUGACACAGAGGAAGCAGAGACUGUCUCUGCUAUGGCCUCACUGUCUGUUGCCAGCAAGCACAUUGGAAAGAGGGCUGAAGAGGAACCGAUGGAAGAGGAUGAUCCUAUGUAAAGAAACACUCUCAGCCUUUGACCACUCAGACUUUGGGUGAGGACGCUGUCAAAGCUAGUCAGUUCCAAUUUAAAUGCCACUCCUGUGUCUCACCUCUGCCAUAUCACAAUGUCAGGCAUCAUAGGUGAGCAAAGCUGACAAAAGUGGCAAUCAACGGAAACGGCAUGCUGAGGAUGAGGGAUGCAUUCACUGAUCAGCAGUGCACAGACUGAUCAGCACAAAUGUGUUGCAUUGCCUCUUCCAGACCUUGGGCAUAAGAGGACUGACUCAGCCGUCCAACAUGACAACCCUGAGUGCCAGUGCUUUUCAAACACUACACAGAUUUACUUUUUGAAUGCCAGUUGGAGCCAUGCACAGAUGAUCUGCAGUUAUCUACUUCUCUUACUGUUGUCUUUUUUCUUCAUCUCUUCACUUUCUUCAUAAACCACCAGAGCUGAUCUGAUUGUGACUCUGCACUGUAGGUGGAUCAUUCCUCCUCGUUUUAGAUAUUAGGAUCAAGGGAACAAAGUAGUCAAGGUUUCCAAGGUGGUUGGAGAUCUUGCAGCAUGUGAAAUAUUAGCAGGUAUUCUGAUAACAUAAUGAUUGACAGUGAGAAACCCUGCAUUUGUGCCUUUUUUUUUUAACCUGGUGGAUUUUCUGUUGAACUCUACUGAAAGAGCUUUGCCUUAAAAAAAAAAAAAAACAGGUUUGGGAACAAGGCCUAUGCCCCCCAACUCCUUAAACAUUCUUAUCGUGGCAAGACAGCAAAUGCCUGCAUGUUGUUGGCACAUAGACUGGAGGACCUUGGCAUGUUAGCCUGUAAUUUCCUGCAAACAGCCUACUGUCUCUCCAUGAACCUUCAUCUUUCCUUUUCCCCUCAUUUUCAAACUCAGCUUGGAAGGUAGCUCCCAGCCACAAGUUGGAGUUGGUUUCGUUUAAAAAUACGAUAUUACUCUGUGUAAUCAUGUAUCAAAUAGUUCAGUUCUCCUCAAGUGAAGAAUUAAUUAGCAUGCACUGUACUAAUGCAACACUAGAAUGCUAUUCAUACUGUAUGUAGUAAUGAGGCCAAAGCACGAUGGACUGUCAUCUCUAUGGAGUCAAAUCAUAAGUGAAAAACACAGAUUUACUUGUAACUGGUUUUACAUUUACAUCAUUUCUUUGCAGUUUAAUGAGGGAUGGAGAGGAAUUAAUAUGGUCUGCCGAACCCGACCUAUGUUUAAGACACCUGUGUCU